CAUCUAUAGUCGGCCUUAACAAAUGCCAAGUUCCAGGUGGACCAUUGGAUGAAAAGAAUUGCGAUUCCUUAAUUUUUUUGAUACAGUGGCAAAAUAUUUGUAAUAAACUCAUAAAUAUAAUUAAAAUAUUAUCAUGUACCUCUUCGUGGGCAUAAGUUUAAUAACAUUUUUGAUGACAUUCUCUCAAAACUUCAUCAAAUUUCUAUCUCUUGGAUCGAGAUUCAUAAAGCAAACCGAUAACAGAGGGAUUUUGAAAGCAAUUGAAUUGACCAAACAUGAACUCAAGGAACUAAAUGAAUCAGAUAUGGAAGAUUUUACCAAAGUCGUUCGCAGGAUGCGCAUUGAAAACAAAUUAAGUGGUUUAUGUAAAAACCUAAGAGACAACCAAGAAAUGGUCAGACUGAAAGGUGCUUCCGUGGAUCUUAUUUGCGGAUACGCUGUUAAAUUUAUUCUUGUACUUAUGCUGGCAUAUAUCUCUUUUAAAUAUCGAUACACUCCAGUGGUUGUAUUCGACGACCGAUUUGAUUUUGCUCCACUUGGGGGAAUUGUCACGUUUCCUACGGGUGUUCCAAAUGCAAUAUCAGUGCCAUUCUGGGUUUUUUCCUGUAAUCUUUCAUUUAAAUGGUUUGGCGGAUAUUUGAGUACCAUGUUAGCUAGUUAAGUUGUUUGUUUUGAGCCAUAUGCAUAAACUUUAAUAUAAUUUAAAAACAA